AUGACACCGCCUACAGUUAGUCCAACCGACUUCCACCAUCCUUAUAAACCAUAUGAUAUUCAAUUGCAAUUGAUGCAAUGCAUCUAUGAUGUAUUAUCAGAAAAUAAAAAAAUAGCCAUCUUGGAGAGUCCAACAGGAACGGGCAAAACGUUAUCAUUGAUAUGUUCGACGAUUACUUGGUUGAGAGAAAACAAAACUAAUUACUUAGCUGGGAUAUCCAAUGAAAAGGAGAACAACAAUCAAUCAGAAAACGACGACGAUGAACCGGACUGGGUUAAUGAAACGUAUAAAUCCUCCAUUUUGAAAGACAAACUACAUUUAUUGAAUGAGUAUGAAAAGCAUUUGGACGAAAUUGAUUUAAAGCCCCUGUUGAAACUCAGCUCAGCUUCUUCAUUACCAUUGAGUCAAAAACGGAAACGUACAAAAGUUAAACUAGAUGUAACGAUUAAAGAAGAUGAAUUCCUACCGAAACCAUAUACAGAAGAUGCAUCUACUCCUAUCGAUAAAAAGAAGGAUCCAACCGAAGUAAGUAGACAGAUCAAUGAAUUGUUGGCCAAGUUGGAAGCUAAACAACCUUCCACAUCUUCAACGCCAUUACAAGAUAAGUAUCAAAAUGCAUCACCUAAUCCUGUAAAAAUAUACUUUGCAUCAAGAACGCAUUCCCAAUUAAACCAAUUUGCAUCACAAUUAAGAUUACCAUCAUUUCCAUCAUCAUUUUCCAAGGAGAAUGACAUAAAUGAAAAAAUAAAAUAUAUUCCCUUGGGGUCCAAAAAAAUACUUUGUAUUAAUCCAAACGUUAAGAAAUGGAAAACUACAGAGGCCAUCAAUGAUGCCUGUUAUGAAGUGAGACACUCAAAGGAAGGAUGUCCAUAUUAUCAAAACACUCCAGAAUGGCAUACGGCUAACGAUACAUUGGCAUUUAGAGACAACACUUUUGCACAAAUCCAUGAUAUUGAGGACACUGUCACUGCGGGCGAAACUCUUGGUGUUUGCCCCUUUUAUGCUAUACGUGACUCUAUACCUGGAGCUGAAGUAAUAACAUUACCAUACCAAUAUUUACUGUCGGAAACAAUGAGAGAAAGUUUAAACCUGGAAUUGAAAAAUUCCAUAAUAAUUAUCGAUGAAGCCCAUAAUUUAAUUGAUACAAUUAAUUCCAUUUAUUCUUCUGAAGUUGCAUUGAAUGAUUUGAUCUAUUGUAUCAAUGGGUUACAGGUAUAUUUAUCAAAAUUUAAAUCAAGAUUGAACCCGGGGAAUAGAGUGAAUUUAUUAAAAUUAAUCAAACUAUUGAAUGUUAUUGCUAAAUUUAUCAAAGAAAAUUUUAAAAAACCAGGUCAGGAGAUUGAUCCCAAUGAUAUGUUAAAUGAUUCAAAUGUGGAUAUGUUGAACAUUCAUAAAUUAAUUAAAUAUGUUAAGGUAUCCAAAGUGGCAUACAAAAUUGACACCUACAUGCAAUCCCUCCAACCAGUAGAAGAACACCAAUCCGAGAAAAAAAAUUCAUCAUCAUCACAACCAUUACUCUUUAGGAUCAUGAGUUUCUUAACAUCAUUAUCGAAUCCAAAAUCUGAGGGUCAAUUUUUCUUUGAAAAAGGCUCUAAAGUCAAGUAUAUGCUAAUGGAACCAAGUAAGCAAUUCCAAUCCAUAUUAAGCGAUAGUAAAUGUGUAAUAUUAGCAGGUGGUACUAUGGAACCUAUCCAAGAUUUCUAUGAUAAUCUGUUUCCCAGUGUUCCUAAGGAUCAAAUAACCUCCUUUUCAUGUGAUCAUGUCAUACCAGAUUCCAAUUUAAACACUUUCAUCCUAAAUGAACCCAUUUGGGAAUUUACUUUCGAGAAAAGAAAUGAUACACAGUUAAUUAAUAAGUAUCUUUUCCAGUUUUUUAUCAAAUUAUCCACCUCUGUUCCAUCCAAAGGUGGUAUCGUUGUGUUUUUCCCCAGUUAUCAAUAUUUAGACCACGUUAUCACCCAAUGGAAAUCCAAUGGGUUAUUCGAAAAAUUAAAUGCCAUCAGAUCAAUAUUUUAUGAAUCGAAAGAUGGGGUAGACCCCCUAUCAGAUUAUUCUGAAACAAUUGCAAAGAACCAAGGUGCAAUAUUAUUUGCAAUUGUAGGAGGCAAACUUUCAGAGGGAAUUAAUUUCCAGGAUGACUUGUGUAGAGCAAUAGUAAUGACAGGUUUACCGUACCCGAAUGUAUUUAGCGGUGAACUAUUGGUGAAGAAGAAACAUUUGGAGGAAAAAAUAUUAAAGAAUGGUGGCACCAAACAAGAUGUUAACAUUGCAACAAGGAACUUUUUUGAAACUAUUUGCAUGAAAGCUGUGAAUCAAAGUGUUGGACGUGCCAUUAGGCAUGCUAAUGAUUAUGCAAAUAUUUAUCUUCUUGACAAGAGGUAUGCCACUCAAAAUAUUAAGGGCAAAUUAUCUCACUGGGUGGCAAAUAGAAUUCAGCCGCAAACGACUGUAGACUCAGUGAUGCUUGAAACUAGGACAUUCUUCAAACUCCAUAAAUAG